GUUCAGUAGUAAAACUAUUGUUGAAUUCGGAUGUCAGACGAACACUAUAAAAUCAGCCGCAGAGAUAACGCCAAAUAAGCGAUCAGCGGGCACUCAAACUUCUACAGACCCAUUGAGGGAUUUCCAAGUAAGGAGCAGAGGCGUUCAGGCUACUGAAACAACAUUCAUGUUGCCAGAUGUGCACCUGCCUCCGACGCCAACAAGUGGCUCGGUAUUCAGACCAAGCAAGAGACCUCGUCUGGUGUUAGAGGAGGAGGAAAAGGAUGACGCUGAAUCAGAAGUAAAAGUGAUUGACUUCUGUGAAAAAAAAAUACAUCGUUUUUGAAAGCUGUCUAAGAGAGCUGAUGGGGUCCUGCCCAAAUUGCAAGACAAAAUGCGCAGUCCAAAGCAGACGAGUGGGAACUUUUGUGGCAUUCACUCAACUCUGCGAAAAGUGUCAGUACCGCAGACGGUGGCAGAGCCAGCCCAUCGUAGGAAGUACACCAGUUGGGAACCUGCUACUGUCUGCCGCAACUUAUUUUACCGGUGGAUCCUUCAUUCAACUGCAGAAGAUUUUCAAGGCCAUGAACCUCCAGAUGAUGAAAUACAGUGCUUUCAGGAAACAUGCCAGGAAUUUAAUCGAGCCUAGCAUCAUACAUAAGUGGAACAGAGAUCAACUGCAUCUUAUUACAGCGUUGCAACAGCAGGGAAAGAUACUGGUAGCUCGCACACCAGGACACUUCGGUAGCUACACACUGAUGCAUGUGGAAACCAACAAAAUCCUGGAUCUUCAACUAAUUCAGAGCAACGAGGUGAGAGGCAGUCGUCACAAGGAAAAGGAGGGAUUAAAGCGUUGUCUGGAUAAACUGGAGUCAAAUGGUCUGGCUGUGGACUACAUAACCACAGAUAGACGCCCAAAGAUUCAAAAGUACCUGAGGGAACACAGCAUCACUCAGUUCUAUGAUUUGUGGAGUUUUGAGAAAGGGCUGUCAAAGAAACUAGAUAAACUAUCACAGAGAAAAGACUGCAAGGUGCUGAAGAUGUGGUUGGCCGGCAUUAAAAACCACAUGCACCGGAGUGCGACUUCCUCCGUGUCUGGGCCAGAAAAGGCGGCGAAGUGGACCUCGCUGCUGAACCACAUUCAAAACGUGCAUGUUCACGAAAACCCCCUGUUCCCUAAAUGUGAACACCCGGGCAGAGUUUCCAGGAACGCAAAGAAGUGGUUCCAACCAGGAUCGGUGGAGCUCCACAAAUUGGGAAAGGUGCUCUACAACAAAACGGUACUGAAGGACGUGGAAAAACUUAGCCACCGCUUCCAAACAUCGUCACUGGAUGCAUUUCACACCCUUACUCUGCGUUUCACCUCAAAGAACAGGGCUUUCACUUUCAUAGGGAUGUUGUGCAGGUUGUAUCUCGCAGCCACGCACUACAAUGAAAAUGCUGACCGCGACCAGGCAACAAGACCUGGACAGGUUUUUCCAAAAACAAAAAAGGAAGAAUGCACAGCGAAGCCAGUGAGAACGGACCCAACAUACAACUAUGUUGAUGACCUUAUCAAGCUCCUGGUACACGAAGUCUUCCUGGACGCCACGCUAUACACAGAAGAGCUUUGUGCAGUCCCCGUUCCACCACCUCUGUCUUUUACAGUCCCUCCAGGUAAAUGAACAGACAACAACACCGGCCAAUAUUUUACAUCAUUAAGGUAUUUGCAUCAUUUUUUGCAAUAAGCUAUUUAAAAGUUUAGACCCCCUCAACCUACCCAUUGCACGGUAAAUAAAUAAAUAUACGAAAUAUGUUGGAAAAUUACCAUUUUAGUAACAAUACAACUUGAAAAUAUCUUUUAUAUAAUCCUAAUGCUACCUGUAGAACUAACCAUAACUAUCUGUACACUAAAAACAAGAUGCUCUGGCGAAAUAUAGAAGGUUUAUAUAAGGUGAAGAGCAGAAUUUAAGUUGUCAGUUGCUCAUCUAAAUUAUAAUGUUUUUGGUGUAUUUUGUAGUUUUAUGUAAAUAAAAUAAGGCCGUUACAACAUUCAUGAGAAUAUUGGUAAAUAAUUCUAGGUGCUGUCAGUGUAUCCGCACUGUAGAUGUCAUGCUGCAAAUACGUUUUAGUGCCAAUGUAGGCAAAUAUACAUUUGAACAACAUUUUACAUAAAACAUAACAUCAUGAGAUCACUUUGCAAGAUCAUGGAGCUGAAUUCCUUCUAACUAAAAAUUACCUUUUUCUUACUUUUUAAGAAUAAAGCAGAAAGUUCAUAUCAAAGUGCUUCACAAUUAUGCCAUUAAUAAUAAUAGUGGUAUUCAGUAAUUUUAAGAUCUGAGUCACCACUUUAAUGAGGAGCCACAC